AUGCAUCUCGUUUUUCUACCUCGGGUAGGCCGCUACAUCUCUCUCCCUUCCGUCUCCCCUCCUUCCCCCGGCCCGUCCCAACAUCCCAGCCCCCCAGGGUACUAUUUCCGGGCGGGCAGGGGGGGUGGCAAGAACAUGUGGCACAUCUACCUGACGGGCGGCGCGUGGUGUGGCUCUGCCGCCCAGUGCGUGGCGCGGAGCAAGACGUGGCUGGGCAGCAGCACGUUCUACCCUGACGACCCUGACAGUAAGGUCGUCCGCCCUCCUUUCACGGGCAUUCUCAGCAGCAACAGCAGCAUCAAUCCGGCCUUCUACAACUGGAACCUCGUCCGCCCCAUCUACUGCGACGGUGGGGGGUUUGCAGGAACGACUGGGAGGGUGGAGGUUGGAGGGGGGAAAGCGGUGUAUUUAGACGGCUGGAAGAUCAUUCGAGCCAUUGCAGCUGCGGGCGGCCAAGCAGUCGUGGCUUUCUGUGAUACCAUCGCUGCUGCCUUCCCCUGGGCGGCAACCAAAUGCAUCGCCGACUCCGGCUUCUUUAUUGCUCUCAUUCACUUGUUUUCCAUCCGUUCUCCAUCUGCUCUCUCCUCUCCAUCUGUUCUCUCCUCUCCAUCUGUUCUCUCCUCUCCAUCUGUUCUCUCCUCUCCAUCUGCUCUCUCCUCUCCAUCUGUUCUCUCCUCUCCAUCUGUUCUCUCCUCUCCAUCUGCUCUCUCCUCUCCAGCUGUUCUCUCCUCUCCAUCUGUUCUCUCCUCUCCAUCUGCUCUCUCCUCUCCAUCUGUUCUCUCCUCUCCAUCUGUUCUCUCCUCUCCAUCUGUUCUCUCCUCUCCAUCUGUUCUCUCCUCUCCAUCUGCUCUCUCCUCUCCAUCUGUUCUCUCCUCUCCAUCUGUUCUCUCCUCUCCAUCUGCUCUCUCCUCUCCAUCUGUUCUCUCCUCUCCAUCUGUUCUCUCCUCUCCAUCUGCUCUCUCCUCUCCAUCUGUUCUCUCCUCUCCAUCUGUUCUCUCCUCUCCAUCUGUUCUCUCCUCUCCAUCUGUUCUCUCCUCUCCAUCUGCUCUCUCCUCUCCAUCUGUUCUCUCCUCUCCAUCUGUUCUCUCCUCUCCAUCUGUUCUCUCCUCUCCAUCUGUUCUCUCCUCUCCAUCUGCUCUCUCCUCUCCAUCUGUUCUCUCCUCUCCAUCUGUUCUCUCCUCUCCAUCUGUUCUCUCCUCUCCAUCUGUUCUCUCCUCUCCAUCUGUUCUCUCCUCUCCAUCUCCCACUCUAAGAGCGCCGUUGACCCUCAUUGACCCAUGUUGA